UCCGUUUAAGGAUGGAACCUUUCUUCGGAUCGUUGUUAUCAGGAAGCCGGUAUAAAAGCUAAACUGUUAGUGCCAAGGAUUUCAGUCAUCGAUAGUGCCUGAAUAGUGCGGUGAAUUCCCAGAUUUGCUUAUUUGCUGUCUGUUGCUGUUGUUUGGAGUUUACUCCCGCACUUUUUCACUGCCCCCCGUUUCUUCUUGAACCACUGCCAAAAUGUGCGACGAUGAUGCCGGAGGUUUGGUGGUCGACAACGGAUCCGGAAUGUGCAAGGCCGGAUUCGCCGGGGAUGACGCUCCUCGGGCCGUAUUUCCCUCGAUCGUGGGCCGUCCCCGGCAUCAGGGCGUCAUGGUCGGCAUGGGUCAGAAGGAUGCCUAUGUUGGGGAUGAAGCACAAUCGAAGCGAGGUAUUCUUACGCUGAAGUACCCUAUUGAACAUGGAAUCAUUACCAAUUGGGACGAUAUGGAGAAGAUUUGGCAUCACACUUUUUACAAUGAGUUGAGAGUUGCGCCCGAGGAACAUCCGGUUCUGUUGACGGAAGCUCCGUUGAAUCCGAAGUCUAAUCGGGAGAAGAUGAUCCAGAUCAUGUUCGAGAACUUUGCCUGCCCGGCUGCUUACGUUGCCAUUCAGGCCGUGCUGUCUCUGUACGCUUCCGGUCGUACUACUGGAGUUGUACUCGAUUCCGGAGAUGGUGUCUCCCACACCGUACCGAUCUACGAAGGUUAUGCCUUGCCACAUGCCAUCCUCCGUAUGGAUUUGGCUGGUCGCGAUCUUACCGAUUACCUGAUGAAGAUCCUAACCGAGCGUGGUUACUCGUUUACAACCACUGCUGAACGUGAAAUCGUCCGUGAUAUCAAGGAAAAACUGUGCUACGUAGCCCUAGACUACGAACAGGAAAUGCAGGCCUCGGCCGCUUCUUCCUCGUCAGAGAAAUCUUAUGAACUUCCCGACGGACAAGUUAUCACCAUCGGAAAUGAGCGAUUCCGUGCUCCGGAAGCCCUGUUCCAGCCAUCGUUCCUCGGAAUGGAAGCUAGUGGAGUUCAUGAAACCGUCUACAACUCGAUCAUGCGAUGUGACGUCGACAUCCGUAAGGAUCUGUACGCCAACAGUGUCCUGUCCGGUGGCACCACCAUGUACCCUGGUAUUGCCGAUCGUAUGCAGAAGGAAAUCACUUCUCUUGCUCCGUCGACCAUCAAGAUUAAGAUCAUUGCUCCACCUGAGCGUAAGUACUCGGUCUGGAUUGGAGGAUCUAUCCUGGCAUCCCUGUCCACCUUCGCAACCAUGUGGAUCACCAAGCACGAGUACGAUGAGGGUGGUCCAGGAAUCGUUCACCGCAAGUGUUUCUAAGCCUCAACAAUCAAGAGUAAAAGGACUGUCCAAACGAAAUAUACCGCACGUUGUUUUGUUGCUUCAAAGCUUCGAGGUGUUUACGUUUUCAUUACCAUUUAAUACUUUUUUGAAAAUAUAUUUUGUAUGCAUCUAUCUAUAA